AGUUUUAUUAAAAAGAGACUUUGGCAGACGUUGACGAGGGAGUGGCGGCGCCGCACGCCAAUCAGAACCCGCGCGGGGGAGGCGGGAGUUCGAGUGGGCGUGGCCAAAAGCUAGUGCGGUUGCAUCGCAGCGCAUACACAAUGGCUGCUCGAAAGAGGGGAAAGCAAACAAUUUUCAGGCCCGCCGCGUCUAGCAAAAAAUAUGAGAAAAAAAUUAUUAAAAAUUCGGAAAAUAGUUGAAAGUGAAGAAAAACUCAACAGAAAGGAUGUUAAAGCGUCCGGGGCCCCUGAGUCCGGGCGGUGUUGAGCACAUAAAGCUGGAGAGGAUAAUCACAUCAGUACGAGUCGGGCUCCGCGCCCCGGUCCAUGUAGCUGGUCUGCCCUAAGGUGCCAUGGCCACAGGAACCCAGGGCCACCGCGACCACAUCUUGGAGAGGGCCAAGCUCACACCACCCGCGGGGCGGCGCCGGAGAGCCGAGGGGAAGCCGAAGAAGAACUUCCCCUGCCAGGAGUGUCAGAAGGCCUUCAACAGUCUGGAGAAGUUGAAGGUGCACUCGUACUCCCACACGGGGGAACGACCCUACCGCUGCUCCCACCCCGACUGCACCAAGGCGUUCGUCUCCAAAUACAAGCUGCUACGGCAUAUGGCAACGCACUCGCCAGAAAAAAACCACAAGUGUUCAUACUGUGAGAAAAUGUUCCACCGCAAGGAUCACUUAAAGAACCACCUGCACACUCACGACCCGUACAAGGAGGCGUUCGGCUGCCAGGAGUGCGGCAAGAGCUACAACACCAAGCUGGGCUUCAAGCGCCACCUCGCCCUCCACGCCGCCAACAGCGGGGACCUCACCUGCCAAGUGUGCCUGCAGCCAUUCCCGAGCACCGGGAUCCUCCUAGAGCACCUCAAGACGCACGCCGGCAAGUCCUCCGGCGGGACCAAAGAGAAGAAGCAUCGCUGCGAGCACUGCGAGCGGCGGUUCUACACGCGGAAAGACGUGCGACGCCACAUGGUGGUGCACACGGGACGCAAGGACUUCCUCUGCCAGUACUGUGCCCAGCGCUUCGGCAGGAAGGACCACCUGACGCGCCACAUGAAGAAGAGCCACCCGCAGGAGCUGCUGAGGGUGAAAACCGAGCCGGCCGACUCGCUGGAGCCCAUCGUCUACGACCUGGCUCCCGGGGACAUCAAGGGUGAGCUCCCGGGAAUGCUGACGCCGCGGCCGCACCAGCUCAACAUGUACACCGGCCCCGGCCUGGACGCCGAGCCCUUCCCCGCCCACGCGCACCCCUUUUCUCUAAAGUACCCGCUGGGCUCCAACUUUACCUCAUACGCCGUCUCCUCGCAGGAGCGGGAGCAGAAUCUAAAGGGAGAACUGGAGAGCUACCUGAUGGAGCUGCAGAGCAGCAUGCCCUCCUCGUCCUCUGCGCCCCAAGACCCCCAACUCUCCUCCUCCAAACUCGAGUUGGAGCCUCAAGUGGGCGGGCUGGAGGGGGCGGGCGAGGAGGGGUCCCUGUCCAAAAUGUCCUCCUCGGUGGCAGCAGCAGCCGCCGCCGCCGCUGCCGCCGCCGCAGGCGACUCUCUGGCCUCGUCCUCCUCCCUGAUGGACUUCUCGCAGCUUUUCAACUUCCUCCCGCUCAACGGGCCUCCGUACAACCAGGCGGGGGGCAGCGGCGGCCAGGGCGUCGCCUACCAGCCCAGCGAAGAGCCCGCGCCCCUCGUCCAGCUGCCGCCCCAGUCCUCCGAGGGCCCGGAGGCCGCAGAGAGUAAUCCUCUCCAAGGGCUCCCCUCCUCCUUCAUAUCCAACCUGAGCACACCCACCACACUGCCCCGCUUCCACCAAGCUUUUCAGUGAUCCAGUAUGUACUGCAAAGGCACACACACACACACACACACACACACACACACACACACACACACACUGACAUGCAUGUCAAGUGACGCGACCACACAGGCAGAGAGACACUGAAACAAGAUGCCAGUAACACAUGUUUGGUGAUAUUAGAACCUCUUUCCUCUUUAAAUAUAACGACACGAGCAGACACCAGCACAUGCAGCAGACACAUAACGGUGAGCACUGACGGCACACACACACACACACACACACACACACACACUCACACACUACGUUUGGCUUAAUCCGUUUUCUAAUGGCCACUAUCAAGAUGUCUUCUUUUCCCCUAUCAGUUUUGUUUUUUUUAAUCAAGUUGUAAAAGCGAUUCCCCGAUCGAGUCCCCAGUGAUAUGUUCGUAUAAUAGCCAGAAAAUGUUCCCCCAGUGCUGCGUUAAUAUGAAAGGAAAAAUUCCAAAUUUCUAGUUCCUUGCUGUUUGCAAGUGUUCUGACCUAUAUCCUCAUCCGAUCAGCAGAGGAAAUGACUCUUUCAAAGAGCUGCAGAAUAUUCAUAUACAUUGUUAGACCUUAGACCUUCUUACAAAUUAAUUUGAUUCAAUGACAUUAAGAAUAGAUUACCCCUUAGUACUUAGAUUUUUUUUCGUAUAUUGUUCGUCGUAUAGCACUUUGAACUUUUGUGACGCCGUCGCGCGUCACGUGACCUUUUUCUUUAUACGUCUCGUCUUAUUUGUGGCAUGAUUUUAAAGGACCGGUCUGCAGUUUUGGUAUAUUUUCGUCCAUUUACAUUCAUUUAGAUUAAUACAUCAUGCUAUGUGUUUGUGUGUGUGUGUGUGUGUGUGUGUGUGUGUGUGUGUGUGUGGUAAAUAAGCUAAAUAGUACAUAAGCUAAAACGUGCAGAAGCAUACCGGCCUGGUCCUUUUUGAUCAAUCCAUAAAAAAAAGGAAAGUUCCUCCCACAUUCACGGUACUGGGUGGGAACUACGGAGCAGCAGUAUUAUUACACAUUUACAUUUCAUAUUUCACAAUCUCUGACAGUGGAAAUGUGUCUUUUCGACGGCGUUUCUUCCCUCGUCCCAAAAACAAAGUCACCCAAACACAUGACAGAGCUGGGAACCAGCUGCUGAAACAUUAUUUAGACUGUUGAGGUAUCUUUUAAAAAGGAAGAAAGAAUAAUCUUGUCAGUCGGUUUCAACACAGCGAGUGAGUCGACACCCUUCUCCAGUCGUCCCCUCUUAAAACACCAUAAAAUCACCAUCAGUACCAAGUGGUAUUGCAGUUUUUGAAUGAGAAAUACAGAAUCAAAGUAUCUCCUUCCUGUCUGUAUAGUCUCGACCUCCGUGCGCGUCGUAGGAGACGGACUUCUAAGAAGUGUAGUGAGUGAGACAAGAGUUUUUGUGAAUGUUGGACUUUGACUAAAUUUGUUUUAGUUGGGGACUCAGUUCUGCAUUGAGUUAUGAGCGUUCAUAUAUGGUACCAAGUACCAUUGUGUGUGUGUUUGUGUGUGAAUAUAUAUAAAGAAUGAAGAUUAACCAUAAAAUGCAAAUUAGGGACUGUAAAAAAAUGUUUAAAUUUUAUAUUUUUUACUGGCUCCCCUCCCCCUUGACUUAAAAAGAAAUUGCGACACUUCCGCCCCGAUAUAUUAUAAAUACAGUACAAACAAAUCUAAGAUGAUGUACUGCAAUUUAAACAUUUAAUAUUUAAAGAAAAAAAAGAUAAUCUGUGUUUUACAGUGUGCAUAUACACAAGAGUGAAAUUAGCCGGAUUUAUGGCAAACAUAUGAAAAGUGCCCUUUUUUUACCAAAUAUUUUCGCCAUUUUAUAUCUUUAAAGCAAGAACUAGACAUGGAGUCUAUAUAUAAAAUAUGCCAGUUAAGUUUUUAUUCUUUUUCUCAUCCAGUGUGGAACAAUAUGGAUCUCCUCACGAGUAUAUGAAGUCAUUGAGAUAUUAUGUGAAGCUGCCAAAUUUUGCUGCUAUUUUUUGGUAAUUUAGUCAAAUGGAUGUUAAAUGAGGAAAUAUUUUAUAAGUGACUGUUCUACGUCUCGGUAGUUAUUCCAUUUUUUUUCAUUUUCUUGAAGCUCGACUUCUUAUCCUGAAACAUAAAUAAUUCUCCUGCUCGCGCAGAAGGUAAAUUAUGUUCCGCUUCCAACACAAACGUCCCCUGAACCACAUCCAGAGAAUAGAGCAAAUAUACAGAGGGCUCCGAAAUAUUCUACCGCUCGCUAUCAGUUCAGCAGAUUGAUGUAUCCGUGUCCACUGCCACAUGUUCCGACUUCCUCUGGCACGGCUCCACUUUGUGUUUAGAUUAAAACGGAAAGAGAAAACAUAUGUUAGUCCUGCAGGUUUCCACCGCUCUGGCUAAAAAGCAUGAACUUUGGGAAAGCUAAAAUCAUGACGGAGACAAUAACUGAAAUAGUUAUUGAAAUAUUCAUCAAUAGUUUACAAAGUUUCUCCAGUUUUUAUGCCAACGUGAAUGGGGGUUGAUGGUUACCGUAAUAAGAAAACGUAUGCUUGACGAAUGUCGCAUCGCUUUACGUAUCCAACAAGAUCACAAUAAAUACAGUGUCAAAUCGUGCCAUAAGUUUAAUUAAGUUUCUAACACACUUUGUAGAAAGUAUGUAAGAUAUAAAAGAACAUUACAGUCAAAUCUUUAGUUGGUCUUUUAAGAUCAAAAGCGUUGGUGUGCGAGAUGACGAGCUUAAAAAAGAAAAUGCACGCUUUUCAGGAAUAUAUAAUAUUUUUUCAGUGCUAUGGUUAAAAAAUGCCUAAUAUGCCUAUUAAUUGCACGAUCAAGUGUUCCCUUCUUCGAGUGCCAUCUAGCUAAGGCAUGUAGGUGUACGAGACGAGCUGGGGGGCUAAGCGUGGUUCUUGGGCACGUCCCAGGUAUAAAGACAUAGGAGUGUAUGAAUGUGAAGCAGGACAAAACUGGAAAAAAAAAAAAAGGUCGAUCAGCUGUCUAAAGCUGCUUUCAGACGUGCACUGAAUCCGGACAUUUUUUUCCCGAAUGUUUUCCCGGAGGGGGCUGUACGCGAGAGCGCAGAUGUCCCGGAAAUGUUGCUCCGGACAUUUUUCUGGAUACUUGUUUUUUACCUGCUAGUAAAAUUUUCCGGAAAAAAUGUGUCGGGAUACCGUUGGGAAUGUUCACGGCGAGCGCGCGCGUGCGUCGGUGAGUGUCAGCGGUAAUUGUCGUCGCGUCCCGCCCCGCCCGCCCGCCCGCCUCCUGCUGCUGCUGCUGCUCGACCCGGAGGCCACAGGAAGUUCUGGAGAUGUUCCAGUGUGAAAGCGUCCGACUCGGACGAUCCCCUGCGGCCUUUUGGUUUUUUUUUCGCACGUGAACGAACGAAAACUUCCGGAGCCAAUUUUUUUCCCGCGCGUUUUCCUUGAGUCCGUGUCUGAGACCCGCUCAGCCUCAAAUACGUUGGAGGGAAGUUCCAGCAGUAGAACACACAGACGCGCCUCACACACUGACCACGUCGCAUAGAAACAUGCUUUCCCAGCCGCCCCCUAUGGCAGCGCCGCGUCUGGCCAUGUGCACAGUUUGGGUUUGACUUCCAGGGGUUUUUUUUUCCUUCCAAAAAUGCUUCCGCCUCGCGAGGCUUCUGCUUCCACUCGGGUAGAUUGGAAGGGAAAGCGACUCCGAGCUCGGACUUGUUCAGCCCCCGGGAGCGCUGGGCGAUUCCACACAUCAUGUCACGUUUCACAUUCGCCGUCGAUGCAGGAAGCGGCGCGGCCCGUGCGCUUGACCGCCAGCGCCGCCGUACGCGUGGAAACACGGGAGUUUUGUCUUCUGUCAAAUAGAUUUUUCCCCGUUGAAUAAACUGUGACCACAAGCUUUCCCCACCCCAGACUUGUACAAGAUCAGCUUGUCCAGUGAUGGGAAAGGGGGGGGGGGGGGGCAAAAAUUACAUGCUAAACAAAUCAUAUCAGACAAUAACACAACAUCAUUAUGAACGGCUUUCUUUCUUUCUGUAAAGAAACUGGCAGAGUCGCAGUCCACCAUUGGAAACAGCUGACUGUGUAUUCUGUGGACAAUCCUCAGGAGCGGGAGGUCACGGGAAAACUAGAAAAACAUGUUGAACUUCUCAAAUGAUUUCCAAAUUUUUUCGGAUUCUCCGAGCUCCACAAGCAAGAGUGGAUUUGCCGUCGUCGUAAACCCGGGGCCGGAUAAAACAAAACCCAUCUACUGUACGCGCAUACACGGACGGGAUUUGGGUGCGCUGCGUCUUUGAUUCUAAAAGUAUAAAACAUUUAGGCGGGAAUCUUUUUUCUGCCUCGGUCAACUCACACCUCAGACACAAAUUCAUAUUUCAUCCUCUCGACACACUGCUCAUCACUCUGUCGCGCUGAAAUCAUACGCUGUGAUCGGCGCGUGCCUCAUUUUCCGUGGCAGUGCUUAAACACAUCAGCCGUUUGCUGACAUUUAAAAAAAAAAAAACAAUGUGGGAAAUACAAAAAGGGUGCUCUUUUUAAAAAAAUUAAACAAAUGACUAUGUCGGAACAGCACAUCCACUCGUUUUCCACAGGUUAGAAAUGACGGUAACGUCCUCGGACUUGGAUUUUUUUCCGUCAUUGAUUCCGACAUUGGCAAAGAUGCUGGAGUGUUGCACGCGACGCGUCGACGGUCGUUCUUUUUUUAUUCGGUUUUCGUUGCGAAUGUCGUGUGUUUUCCAGCGUGUAAACAUCUUCAGUGACGUCGUACUGAACCGAGCAGAUACAGAUUUAUCGAGUGGAAAAGGGUUUCGGGGGAUUUUUUUGUUUUUUUGUUGUUUUUUUUUUGCUAUCAAAAUCCAAACGGUAUCAAACCGUAAAAACUACAGUUAGCACUGAUGCGCUGCUUUGACAUGGCAUUAGCAAAUGCCAUUACCUCUAUUGACUGUGUUUAGAUGUCAGUUUUUCUAACGCCUGUAGCGUUGCAUUGAAUAGUUGCUCAUGUAAAGUUGCUUAUUUUGGGUUAAUACCCUCGUCUGUGGGUGCAGCACAUCACUCCGUGAUAUAUAUAUAUAUAUAUAUAUAUUUAUAUAUAUAUAUAUAUAUAUAUAUAUAUAUAUAUAUAUAUAUAUUUUUUUUUAUAUAUAUAUAUAUAUAUAUAUAUAUAUACAUUUUUUUUGACUGGUCCUAUUCCAGUCACUGUGUUGUCCGGAUGUCGCUGGCUAUGAUCAGCGCUACUAGCGUACGAGUGUGGUCCCUGUUCUUCGUACACUUACCAAUGUGCCAGCAAUCAUUGGCCGGCACGGUGGGGCUGGGUAUCGACUGAAAUGUGCGUCAUGUCCUCCUCCUCCUUCCACUCGCUCAAUGGCGAGAGGCACCUGGCGUUCAAGGGGCCUUAGCGUCACCCACCAUUGUGGGCCAGGGCUCCACGAUGGGCCCCUCAGUGCUGUCCCCUUACGAAAGCACACUUACAUCCGCGAGACUCGGAGGUUUUUAUUUGGAUCCGCCCCAAAUUGGACACUCUCUCACAUCUCCUAUUGUGACGGAAGGUCAUGACCUUUCGUCCGGACCCCGCGCCAAUGUUUAAAGGGUUCACUCUUGGCCCGCGUCCCAUCCUUCCGCCAAGUUUAACGGACAUUCGUGGACUAGGUUUUUGCAUUAUAUUGGUGAAAGAAAACAACCAACCAACCAACGGGUGCACAGACACAUCCAAAAAAUAAAGGCAAAGCAAAAUAUUUGGCAAACUGCUUAAUUCUUAGGGAAUUCAACCGAGACAAGGUUUGCGAUUUGAAUGGCCCAAAAUUUGUAUGGUACCAAAAUGGUUUUGGAUAUGGAAUCAAAACCAAAUAUAUACACACACACACACAUUCUAAUCAAUACCCAGCCCUACAACAACAUUGCUGAAGGAUGAAAAGUAAUGUCAGCUGAAAUAUUUUGUUCCACAAAACAGCGAUUGUGUGUUUUAUCUGUUGAACAGGCCGAAUGUGUUUGGUUUUUAUCAACAUCCGAGAGAAGUUGGACUGCACACUACAAAUGUGAACAUCACAGAUUUACCCCGUUCCACCGCAGCAGUUACCAAUCGGUGCAUCUUACUUACAUGAAAUGUUUGAUACAUAUAUAUAUAACCCAAUAGUGUUAUCAUUUACCUCACAUACUCAUCUUGUUUUUUUCUUUCCAUGGUUUUUUAUUUUUUCGUGCUCCGGGAUUUGAAAAUAAUGAUGAACUAGAAGUGUUGAGCUCCCCCGCUUCCUCCGUGAAUGAUGGGACACGAUGAGACAUGAAUAUUACUUUUGUCUGGCUUGUGUGAUAAUGUAGAGUUGAAUGUGUAAUGUUUCAAAAGCAGUGAUGGAACUUUGCAUCUUGGUAUCUUGUGAAGGUUUGUGGUUUUUACAAGAGAUACUAGCAGUUCUCUCUAUUUCUCUCUCACAUAUACAUGUAUAUAUAUACAUAUAUGUAUGUAUGUAUGUAUAUAUAUAUAUAUAUAGUAAUAAUAGCACUUUUUGUAAAUUGAUGCCUUCAUUUCCUACAGUACUUUUUGUUUAAAACCUUUAUUAUACUAUAGAUAUAUAUUUAGCUCUUUCAGAGAACAAUAACAUGUAAAUACAAUAUAAAUGUUUUAUUUUUACAGGUACAAUUUUGACAGUGGUUUUUUUUUUUCCUAUCAAAGUGUCAUUUUGCUUUACUUGCACAAGUGUUUCUGUGUAUCUCACUGAGGAGGCGUUUAUCAAAUCUUUUCAAGAGAUUGUCGCAGUUUUCCCAGGCGGCCUUCUUGACUUUUUAAAACCCCGCUGGGUUUACGUGAGAGCACAGGCAAUAAUGAAGCUUAAAUUGUCAGUUAUUAUAGCACUUAAUUCAUUCAUUGUUUUAUAAAAACAAACCCAAAUGGGAUAUAUACGCAACAGAAAUCCCACAGUUUUACAAUCAGCUAACUGCGGCUGUAACUCAUUGUGUGACUCGUAUAUGGGCUGUGACGGAAUCCAGAAAUUUGACGGGGGGGAGGGGAAUAACAGAAAAAGACUAACAUCUCAACACAUUGGAGAAAAGCAAAUCGAAUCUGUCCCAGAGUUUAGAUAAAAAAAAAUGUCUCCCAGAGUCACGUGGCGACCAGAGACGGGAGAUGCUCUUCGGUGAGAGGCACAGACAUUUAGCAAAUCAUGUCAACCUUUUUUUUUUCUUUCAUAUAUAUAUAUAUAUAUAUAUAUAUAUAAAUGAGCUUCAUUGGUACCAGUGAACCUUUAUUGAAUGUGUAUGUAAGAAACACUGCAAUACUGCAAUAUAUUUUGGUAUUGGAUCAAGCUGCUAACAUACUUCUAAAGCUCCUUAAGGUGCUACAGACCUCUUUUCUAGUUUUUAAAAUGUAUCAUUUGUACAAACAAAAAGCAUCCAGUUUAGCUGAACAGUUGGCACGUGUGUGCCUGGUUGUACUAUAUAGCGACAUAUAUUUUAUUGUACUGUGAUUUUUUUGUAGACUUUUUACAGACUUGCCUGCAAUGCCCCCCCCCCCCCCCCCCCCCCCCCACACACACACACACUCGUCCCACAUCCCCUCAACACCCCCCCCCCCUUCCCCACCUGUGUUUUUGGAUAUUUGGAAAGCGGAGUCAUGGUGGGAGAUUGCUCUGAGUGACGUGGCACUCGGCAGAGACGACGACGACGACGACGUCUGUGCCGAUGCGUUGGGAGAACGACGUGCAGAGCGAGCGGAGGACGUUCAGAGACAAACUGCAUUCCAGCCAUGUUGGUUUUGUGAUCCGUUGCAUUUCAAUAAUGCCAUCCUGUGUCAAUGAUGGACUCAUUGCUAAUUCUCAAUAUUUCUCUUCAAGAUCUAUUUUACAAACUACUGUUGUAUUUUUUUAUAAAUAUAGGCAAAGUAUUUCACAUGAACAUAUAUAUAGGUAAAUAUAUAUAUAUGUAUAUGUUUUAUAGGUUGUGUAAGAUAAAAAAAAAAUUAAUGCUGCAGCUUUUAUCCAUUGUGUUUUAAACAUUGACAUCAUCCAAAGAGGCAGAUUAUUUAUUGUCUGGCAGAGUAACCUGAUUUGAUUUACAUACCUUUGCUGCUAUGAGAGAGAAGAGCUGCAGUCGUCAACUCCAGUGUUUUUACACAAUGUAAUGAAAGUUUAAUAAACAUAAGAGAAGGAUCCAA